UCCGUGGUGGGCGGCUCCGGCCGUUGGUCGCGUAAGCGAAGGUUGUACAGUGACAUUCUGUGGGCGACAUGGCGUAUUGGCUUGGGCCGUGGAUGGGGCUUCCACUACUUGCUGAUGUGCAUGAGAAGCAGGUGCAAGACCAGGAAAAGCCGGAGAAGUUCCAGGUGUCCAUGCACCUGGGCCACUACGAGCCUGACGAGGUUGUUGUCAAGGUCAGUGACAAUGUCAUCACUGUCCGGGCUGAGCACGAAGAGAAGUCGAAGAACAGCUACUCGUUCAGCAGUACGGUGCGCCAGAUCACGGCGCCAGAGGAUGCGAGGGUGGAUCAACUGACCUCGCAGCUAACCAGCUCGGGUCAUCUAAAGCUGGAAGCUCCUCUCGCGCAGAAGCCGUUGGCUAACGGGGUGAGGAACAUACCCAUCACGAUUGAGGGCCCAGCGCGUAAUGAAGAAAAGAAAGAGGAGGACCCGGUCCCGCUGCGGAUCACCUACAAUGUCGACAAGGACGACGGGGACAAGAAGCAUUAAAGCUCGGGCCCGGAAAAUGCUGAGGAGAAGGCCCGUUGGUGAGCACGGGCGCUGAGCUCAAACUGCUGCACGUAUGGACCGAGUGAGCCAAUUGCGCGAUACGCUUUGCUGUGUCUGUAAAUGUUAGCGCUGUGAACAUGCCUGCCGUUCUGCCGCGAUCUCGCCGGACGUAUCUGUGAUUGGAUCCUGUUCUCCUGCCGUGUGUGUGAGGCUCCAGUUGUCCUCGCGCGCUGUAUGGUUCGGCGUGACCUUUGUUGAAAACGAAUUUCAGCCAAGGUAAGCUCCGGAGGGUCGUGAUUGAACCUUGGACGCGCAGGCCGCAUUGUAAAUAGAUUAUGAACAUUUGCAGUCCACACUGGAUCGCCACCACGCCGAAGAUCUUCCCUGUCACUCCUAAGUUAUGAGCCAUCUAAUAAAUACUCAACGCAUAA